CGGGCCGGAGCCCACCCAGAGUGGGAGCGAGGCGACUGGGCGCUUCUGCGCGGAGGACGAGCGCCUCGGAGCCCAGCCGCGGAGGCGGCGUCGAGGACGAGAGCAAGAUUAUUCAAGAUAAAGUUGUAGCCAUUUUCAACAAGGAUCGAUGAUCAGAAUUUUUCUUUUUAAAACAUUUUCAAGUUGAAGAUGAAAGGAAAAUACUGGAAUUGUUUGGAUUCUAACUGACAGGAUAAAGAAUAUAGUGUUUCACAGUUACUUGUAAUGGAACCUCAGUAAAAUUCAUCACUUGUCAUGCACCCAACUGGGAACAUGGAUGUUGGUUUUUCUCGUUCUGCUGCUCAUACACUGUCAAGAAGCCACUGCAAAAACAUCAAACAAAAAAUUUCUCAGUGGGAAGGAAGAACUAAUGGUAAAUCUAAUCCAGAUAAGUGCGAUCCAAAGGACUUUGGAGUGAGAUAUAAUAACUGUAAUCAAGAGACUCUUCUUAAGAGAAAUCCUGUUGCUGAGGGAAAGAGCAAAAAGCUGGAUGUCACCAACUCUCAAAAUGUUGAUCAAGGUAUUAAUGAAGAUGCCAAAAGCCACAAUCAAAGUGAGGAUGAAAGUGAGAAACGUGAAUAUGAUGAUACACACUUCUUUAAAAAUGAAUCAGAAUCCAACUGGGUAUGUUCUCGGGCCAAACAAAUUGAAAGCCAGAAAGAAGUUUUGGAUCCAGAGACUUCAUUACCUCCAGGAAAUUUCUAUACCUCACAGAUAUUGUGGAAGAAAAUAGAAGCACUUCCCCCAGAUAAAGUCUUAAAUUUAGCUUUAGAACAUUGUGACUCUUCAGAAAAAGAACUGAAUUUCAGAGGUCUGGGUAGUUCAUAUGGAGUAACAAAGAGCUUAGAAAACAUUUACUCUGAACCUGAGGGACAAGAAUGUGGACCUUCUAUAAAUCCUUUGCCAAAACCUCGUAGGACAUUCAGAUAUUUAUCUGAAUCUGGUGUUAUGCCAUGUAAAGAAAGAAACUGUGACAGAAAAUACUGUGAAAAUAAUUCUUGUACAGAGUCCUCUUUAGCCUCUUCUCAGGAACCUGAACCAAAGAAAUAUGGCAGAAAAAUCAGAGGGAGAUCUAAAAGGAAAUCCUUUGAAUUUGAGGACAUUCAGCACUUUCGAAAUCAGAACUACCAGAAGAUUCAUGAAGAACUUAGAAGAAAUUCUGGCUCAGCACUUUGUUACACACAGUCUGAGGACAAUAUCUAUGAGGAUAUCAUAUAUCCCACCAAAGAAAAUCCAUAUGAAGAUAUUCCAGUGCAACCUUUGCCCAUGUGGAGAUCUCCUUCAACAUGGAAGCUACCACCCCCUAAAAGUGCUUUCAAGGCACCCAAGCUUCCUUCCAAACCUCAGUUCUUUCACCGGAAGACUAUGGAACUGAAGAGCUCACAAGUUUAUUUACGGUCAAAGCUCACAAGGGAUACCACGUUGCCUGUCACUUUAACUGAAUGGAAGCUUUUCCGAGCUGGAGAAGUUGCAAACAGGAAAAGGAAAAAUCUUCCAAGGCUUGUAUUGAAAAUAGAUGAUAUAUUUGAAUCUAAGAGAGGGAAGAAGAGGGUAAAGUUACACCUUUACACUGGAAAAGAUGUACCUCCCUUUAAAGGUGAAACCAGUGGGUACGAAAGUGAUGCCGAAUAUCUGCCAAAGAGUCGCUACAAGUGCAUAGCACAACUGCAGCAAUCUUCCAAGAGGAAUCCUCACUACCAGACCUUAGAGCGGGAUCUAAUUGAAUUCCAGGAGCAGCAGCUGUUUGAACUUUUUGUGGUGGUGUCUCUACAGAAGAAGCCAUCAGAAAUAAGCUACACUCCCCAGAUCAUACAACAAUUCCCUAGCAAGGGUGAUCAUGGCAUUAAGCAAUCCAGAGACACUGAAGAGAGGCUCAAAGUUAUCCCAAAAUUUUGUUUUCCUGAUUCAAAGGACUGGGUGCCGACCUCAGAACUCAAGAGUGAAACGUUCUCCUUUGUCUUAACUGGUGAAGAUGGGAGCCGGUGGUUUGGUUACUGUAAGAAGCUCUUGCCAGAAGGCAAAGGAAAGCGACUCCCUGAGGUAUACUGCAUGGUCAGUCGCCUAGGCUGCUUCAACCUUUUUUCAAAGAUUCUGGAUGAAGUAGAGAAGAGAAGAGAAAUGUCUCCAGCUUUGGUUUACCCAUUUAUGCGAAGUGUCAUGGAAGCUCCUUUCCCAGCUCCUGGAUGCACCAUCACAGUAAAGAGCUACCUCCCUGGGGCUGGAGAUGAGUCAAUUGAACUGUGCCGACCGCUGGACUCACGAUUGGAACAUGUUGAUUUUGAAUGUCUCUUUAAGUGCCUGAGCGUGUGCCGUCUCAUUCGGGUCUGUGCCUCUCUCCUUUUGGAGCGGAGGAUAAUCUUUGUUGCCAACAGCCUAAGCACCCUGUCAAAAUGUGGCCAUGCUGUGGUUGCCACCCUGUAUCCAUUCACCUGGCAGCACACCUACAUCCCAGUCCUGCCAGCAUCCAUGAUCGACAUUGUGUGCUCACCUACUCCAUUCCUUAUUGGAAUCCUGUCUUGCUCCUUACCACAGCUCCAGGACCUACCCAUUGAAGAGGUGCUGAUAGUUGAUCUCUGUGCAGACAAGUUCUUACAGGAGGUAUCUGAUGAAGAUGAAAUUCUACCACCUAAACUCCAAGCUGCCCUGAUACAAAUUUUGGAAGAACGAAAUGAAAUUUUGGCUCAGGAGCAGAAGUUUUUACAAGCAGAAGAUGUGACACUCAACUCUCUGGUGUCUGAAGCAUUUGUCAGGUUUUUUGUUGAACUGGUGGGACAUUAUUCUUUGAGCAUGACUGUCACUGAGCAUGGGGAGCGUGUAUUCCAAAGGGAGCCAUUCCGUAAAUCCCACACCUCCCGAAGUGUACGCCACUUCCUGGAUCUCUUCAUGGAAACUCAGAUGUUUGCAGGAUUCAUCCAGGACCGAGAGCUUCGGAAAAGUGGGGUGAAAGGUUUGUUUGAGGUCCGGGCCCUCCAGUAUUUGGAAACAAUUCCUGAGUCUGAGCCCAGUGGAGUGAAUAGGAUUUUGCGGAGUCUUGGAAGUAAAAUGAAAUUUCUGCAGAAGAAAUGAAAUCUUUGAUUGACAGCCUCCAUCCUAAAUAGAACAGAAAGUGACAAAGAAACUAUUUUUCCAAGAGUCAAGAUGCCCUGAAGUAUUCUACAAAAUCUUUAAAGUUGAAAGGUUACAGAGCGGGCCAGGUUCUCGGAGGAGGAUUCUCCUGUUGCUGCUGUAGUAAUCACUGGAGAAUUGUUGGGAGUAGUCUGGAACCAAUGCUCCCUUUACUCUGCCUCCAGAUUUUUUUUAAGUGGCCUUUCUUUUUGAUUCUUGAGCUCAUUCUUUGUGUUUUGAGCUUAGUCUAUGAAGGCACUUGUCUUUUACAAGAAAGAGGUGGUGUUGCAUUUUAAAAACAGCUCAAAGAUGAGCACAAUGAGAAAAGUGCUGCAUUUAAGGUACUACGGAGGCAUGACAGAAGUAGAGGAUUAGCCCUUCACACAUAAUUCUCAUCACUGAAAUACCAUGGCAGCUUUAAACCUAUGGGCUGUUUGAGCUAAGGACUAUACUCAUCUGUUUUUUUUUUUUUUUGGUCUAAUGCUCUGUCUAGGGGAAUCUCACUUACGUGGAAGCCCUAUGUAUUAUCACUGUUAUUGAGUAUCUUAUAAAAAUAGACAUUUUAUAGCUCCUCCUCCACUUUGUGUGGCACUUGGGUAGCUUGUCCCACGCAUGUCAACAUUAAACUUUGGGGAAUUAUAGCUAAUGGGGGACUUCCCUGGCAGUCCAGUGGUUAAGACUCCACGCUUCCACUGCAGGGGGCACGGGUUUGAUCCCUGGUCCAAGAACUAAAAUCCCCCAUGCAGAUUCCACAUGCCACGUGGCAUGGCCAAAAACAAGAAAAGAAAAAAAUAUAUACCUAACAGGAAAAUGUCCUUUAAGGGCAUGAGAACUACCUUCCUUUUUAGUGUCCACCAUGUGCCAUGAAUGGUACAUGUAUGUCAUCUUGUUUAGUCUUUAAAUCAACUUUAUGAGAUACUUGCAUCUGCAUUUUACUAAUGAGGAAAAUGGAAUUCAGAGAGUUUAAAUAACUUUAAACUGAAGCCAGGACUAUUAGUUUAUGAACACAUAGAAAGUUGGUUAUUCCUACAGAUGGAAAUUUGAACUCUGUGGGACUAUAGCUAUUGAAAAAGCUUUUUUUUUGAUUUUGUUUUUGUUUUUUAAGCUGAAGUGUACCAGAGUCAACUUGCAGCUCUGAGAAUAAGGGACUUCAAACUAUAGGUGUCUAGAUGAGACUUUUUUUGGUUCCUCUAGAAAUGUUGGACUUUUUGCUCUAGUUAAAUUGGACUCAGAAUAUGGACAUUUCCUGGGCACACACCACAUAAUCACUCCAACCCUUAAUAUCUAAAGUAGUAGUAGUGGUUUGAAAGAGGAAUUUGUCAGCAUUGGUGUAACGCUAAUUGAUAAAUGUUACAGCAAGUGUCAGUUUGUUUUCUUCAACUCCUGCUGAUGGCUUUAACUGGCAUAAAACUAUUUAUUCAAACUUAAAGCAUUAUAAGUUGUGUUAUGAUACAACUUAUUAACUUGUGCAGUAUUGUCGUUACAACCCACUCAGGUGUGUGUGAAUGGAUCUGAAGCAGACACCAUUUAAGACGGGUGCUGUAUAAUACAAUUCCUAUAGAUGUGGGUCCAGAAAAUAGAACUAAGCCUAUGUUUAAAAAAAAAAAAAAGUUUAUUAAGCAGCUUACCUCAGUGGGGCUUUUACCAGACAUUUCCCCAUUUGGUCUCCUCUGACACUCCCACCCUGAGGGAACAAUUAGUAAUUGGGAAUUGAGUGUUUAUAAAAUGGGGGUAUAAGGUGUUACUGUGGUGGAUCCCAGACAUCCCUCUGUGAGGAGACCUUUUCUUCAGGGAUGGGAGUCUUAUCCCUGCGAUCUGAAGCUGCUUCCUUUUCUUCAGUUUGUUUUAUUUUUUGUUUGUAAAGUAUUACAAAUUCUGGACAUGUUUGUAAAAUAAUCGCUGAAAAUUUGUAUAAAAUGUUUACAGAUCUUUUAAUGAAUAAACAAACACAAAAAAUUCCAUGGAUCUCCUGGAGAAUUUGAAAUAAAAUUGCUUAAGCUGUAAA